AUGUCUUCAUUGGCCGAUAUCCCCGACCCGUCGGGUGUGCCGACUACCGCCUCUUCUUCAUCUCCAACCUCAACCCCCUCCCCAUCUAGCUCAAAUGCCACCACAGCUCCCUCCGCGUCUUCCUCGCGUCGCCCUCCUCGCAAAAGUACUUUGACUCAACAACAGAAGAAUAACAAGCGCCAACGCGCCACGCAGGAUCAAUUGGUCACCCUGGAAGUCGAAUUCAACAAAAACCCCACUCCCACCGCUGCUACGCGAGACCGAAUCGCCCAGGACAUUAACAUGACCGAGCGAUCUGUUCAAAUCUGGUUCCAGAACAGGCGCGCAAAAAUUAAGAUGCUGGCAAAGAAGAGCAUCGAGACUGGGGAAGGUUGUGACUCGAUCCCUGAGUCAAUGCGACACUACUUGGCCAUGCAAUUCGAUCCUACCAAGCCCAGUGCUCGCGAUCCUUUCGGACGUUCAACGGGCUUUGGUGCUGCCGGUAUGUACGCGAAUGAAGUCAACCCAAGCGGCAAAGUUGUGAUCUCUCACUUUACCUGCCGUUCCUUGACGAUCGGAAGCUGGCGACGCAUUGGACAGAACGCAAUGGACCUGGUGAUUUUCUACUCUCCCGACAAGGCUUGCAUGACGUACUAUAUCAACAAUGACUCGGCUGGUUAUAAGAUCGAAUAUCCCUUCGCGCACAUUAAGAAUAUCACACUGGAGACCGGCGAUCCAAACCCAGGUCCCAACGGCCAACCCCCUCGACCUGGUGGUUUGGUGGUCGAGCUCAACCGCCCACCUCUGUUCUACAUGGAUUCUUCGAACUCGGGUGGUUUCUACCAAUGUGGCGAUUUUACCGAGGAGCAACAAGCAAGUCAGAUUAUGGUUCACCACUUGGGAGGCCAUCCCAAGGUGUUGAGCGUGCAGCUGGCCAAGCUUGUGUCGCUUGAGUCUUUCCAGAAUCGUCUGGCAUACAGCGGGAACAACCCUACAUUUGCGGUUUCCUCCGCAAUGUCACCACCCUUCAUCCAACGCCCAGCCUCUCAACCCAACCAUUUUGCCGCUCCUGCGUACAUGAACUUGUACCAGGACCACAACCAUCUGGGCUUCCAGGUUCCGGCUGCCCGUGGCCAUAAGCGCCAACGCAGUCGGUCAGUUCCCGCGGCGGUUGACAUCUCUGCUUUGCAAGCUCCCGGCCCCAUGCCCUUCCAGAUGCCACAGACCCCAGCGCCAUACAACCCAGCCGAGUCUGGCAUCUACGCUCCAGUCCCUCAGGCAGUGCACGCUCUCCCCACUGAUCUACGCAUCGACACCGACGGAUAUGGUCUUGAUUUCCGCACCAACCCAAUCUCCGCAACGACCACCGCAUCACCUAUGGGUCCGUCUUUCAACGUCCCCUUCUCAUCCGGGCCUUCGGAUAACUCGACCGUGGGAUCGCACGCACCUUCGCCUUACUCCGGCAUGAGCCCUGCUGACCCAAUGAUCGCCAACCACUCGCCUCCAUUAUCGAGCUUGUCUCACCACUCGUCCGACAUGUACGGGUUCUCGCACGAUCAACAGUCCAGCUUUGUCGAGGAUGGUCUCUCUAUGAACGAGAUGUACCCAAAGCACAAUGUCGACUACAAUCUUCACGAGGCUCCCAGCUUUGAAUUGCCCAUGCACAACAUGUCUGGUCAUGGCUCUCCCGCAUUAGCGGACUAUGGCCAUGGGUUAGUCAAUUUGGAUGAAAUCAAUUCUCAAGGAUUGCCCUCCGGGUCAUGA